AUGCGGAUCAUGAGCAGCUCGGCUCGCGGCUACUCGGGACGGCGGGAGUUGGCCACCGCAGGGCUGGUGCUGGCGGUGCUCCUCUGCUGCCUGGUGACCGGUGGCCGCACGUCACUGGCCGGUACCGAUGUGGAAGGGCUGCUACCUGCUGGCCGUCGCUUCCACGCCCGGUUCGUCGUCGAUCGGAUCCGGCCACCAUCAACCGACAGUCGGGAUGGAACUGCAACGACUACUACUACUACUACCAGUAGUACUACUACGACCAACACCCCUACGAGCCGGUGCCGCGAGGGAUGCCUGCAAAAGCGCUCCAUCAAGGACAUCCUCUGUACGCAGCAGCGCGACUGCUCAAUGUGCUGGGACGUGUGCAACCGCAACAACCAGAUACGGCGCGACAACGCACUAGCGCACCGGUUGCUCCUCAGCUUGGGCCGCAUGAUCCGCAACGAGUCGGUGGUGACGGCCGACAUCGAGUGGACGACACCGGCCGAGCUGGUCCGCCAUCAGCCAGUGGCAGCGGCAGCGGCACCGUCGACGACGACGGUCUCCAAUGGGUCCGAUAACGUGGAGCGUCUGUCGAGGAUCGCGCGCGACGGAACCGAAGAUCCAAGGUUCGAGCAGCAGCAGCAGCAGCAGUAUCACCAGUGUCUGGUGUCGUGGGAGAUCUCGGGCGGUGGGCUGACCGGUAAUCUGCUUACCGAGACGUUCAAGGUCGAGCUGUCGCUCUGGCCCAACACCAAGUACCACGUGCACGUCACCUGCCGCAAUAAGGUGACAGAUUCAUUGAUCCGGUCCGCGUCGCUGCUGGUCGACACGAGCGACGCGAUCAUCGUGAGUCUCCAUGGUACGACGACGACGACGCCGGAAGUGACGUCCACCGAGCCCGAGCCACCGAGCGAAUCCUGGCGGCGGCGCCACUGGCCGUUCGGCGCGGCACCGGAAGCGGACGAUGGAGAAGUCGAGGCUGGCGAGGUGCUGGCGGUUGUCGCCCCCUCGUACGGCACCUCGAAGGAGAUCCUCAUGCUGGGCGCGUUCGUGGCGCUCCUCGUGCUGCUGCUCCUCUCGCUCACGGUCGUGCUGGUGGUGCGCCGGAAACCGCCCACCACCCCCGACACCGACCGCGAACUCCUGAUCGAGGGCCGUCGGCCACCACUGACGCCGGUGACGCAUCUGCCACCGAAGAGCAUCCUGCACGUCUGAUCGCCCUGCAUCCCCGCUCUUCAGGCUCCUCCCCUGUAAAUAGAAGCCACCCCUUCACCCCCUGUUACUACGUGCCACGGCAGGACCACACCUCUACACACAAAAAAGGCAACGACAGCAAACGGCAACGCAAGCAACACUAGUCGUAAACCUCGUUAGCAUUAAAAGCAUACCUUCCUCCCCCUUCCCUCUCCCCCUUCCCUUUUCCUUCCCUUCCACGGCUCCGUCUCCCCCUGUUCCAGCACCCUGUCGGCGCGACGCCUCCAAUCCAAUCCCCUUACCGAUGCUCGGUGACAGAUCCGGUGG